GUAGAAUCCGUGUAGUAUUGAACUGCGGCCUUGUUUUUUGCCUUUUCUUUGCAAGGGAUCUGCUGGAGAGCCCAUCCGAGCUAUAGUCCAAUAAUUCGAAUUUGUCAGCAGGUCUCGGGAGAGUGAUUGGUUGAACAGUGGAGAACGAGGGUCCCCUCCCCCUUCCCAUUUUUGAAGAAGCAGCUUGAGGGAGCCGAUGAACUGCACGAAUCACUUCUCGCAGGAUUAGUACAUCCGAAGAAAAAAAAACCACACACGAGAAAAAAUCAUAUGGAUCCUUACGAGCUCACCAGAAUGCUGUACGCAAGAGUGCAGGCUCUGGAUCCCAGGCACGUCUCAAAGAUCAUUGGAUAUCUGCUUCUGCAAGACGAGGCAGAGCAAGAUAUGCUCCGGAUGGCCCUCGGCUCGGAUGCCCUCCUCUUCUCCGUGGUGGACAAAGCAAAGCAGGAACUUGGCCUCUCUCCCAGUCCUAAUGCUCAUUUCGAUCAUCCUGCUCCAUUCUCCAGGCCUGAGCAUCCACCUUUCCACUUUGGUACCGCAUUCGAUCACCAGCUUCAAUCCACUUACCAUCUCAGAGACGUGUACCAUCCUCCCCUCGUCAAUUCCCAUGUCCCGUUCCAGAAGCAACUGCAACAACAAGCGGAGUUAAUGAAUCGGCCUUCAAUACAAGAUACAUACCAGCACCAGCCUCUCUUUGGUGCCGGAGUUUUCCCAAAUGAUCACUUCUACCCGGAAACUUUCGCGUUCCUCAACAGGAACAGAUUGAAGCAGCAGAAGCAGCAGCAGCAAAAGUCAGACGAACACGAUCUGAUGCUGAGUCUCUCGGAGCACGGAUCUCCAAACAGCAGCAGCAGCAGUAGCAAUAACAGUAGCCACGCGUGGAAGCCUUGCGUCUACUACUCCCGGGGCCACUGCAAGCACGGCAGCGGGUGUAGAUUUCUCCACACUCCGAACUCGCUGGGAAUCGAGGAGCACGGGACAGAGUCGGCUCUGGAGAGGCUGGAAUUGGAGAUUCAAGAGCUGCUCCGUGCCAGAAAGUCACCGGUGCCAAUCUCGUUGCUUCCGCAGAUGUACUUCGAGGAAUUCGGGAGCGCUCUCCACGUUGACGGGUUCCUGGCGACUCCCGAGGCCGUACAAGGAUCCGGUUUAACCAGCCUGCUUUGCCAUAUGAAGAACACUCUCGUCAUCGAUCAGCCCAAUGGACAGCAGGCAGUCGUCCUGGUCGAAGAAAGUUCCAGGCUUGCGGUUGCGGCUCAUCGUGGAGAUAAUUAUGAUCAUAAUGGCAUCGUAAGUCCCAGCUCUCGUCAGAUAUAUUUGACGUUCCCUGCUGAGAGCGCUUUCACUGAAGAGGAUGUGAACGCGCACUUCAGCGCUUAUGGUCCUGUUCAGGACGUACGAAUCCCUUAUCAGCAGAAGCGUAUGUUUGGAUUCGUAACCUUCAUCCAUGCAGAAACUGUCAAGACCAUUCUGGCCGAAGGCAAUCCCCACUAUGUUUGCGGAGCUCGUGUUCUGGUCAAGCCUUACCGUGACAAAGUAAAAUACACCGACAAGAAAAAUGCUGAUCAACAAUCCAGGAAUGUGAGAAACAACACCGACCUUGCUUCUAAACUGCUCGAAGAAAGCAUGCAGCAGCAGCAGCAGCGAGAGAAUUACCUCCAACAGAGACUAGUAGAGUUUCGGCUCCAAGCUGUAGAUAAACCACAAGAUGGUGCCACCGACGUGUUACUAAAGGAAACGAACAUCAACUUAGGAUACAUCUUAGAAGAUGACGACACACACAGAAAAACUAGCCAUAGCAAUCGCAAUACUUACUCGAGAGCUGCAAGUUUCCCAGAGAACCCAUUUGCAGUUACCUACGAGCAGGAAACCACCAAAUUAGUCUCUUGACAAAGCGGAGUAAAUGACAGAAAGUACCAACAGUUUUCAAGUAGUUAUCCACAUUUCGCUCCCCAUAAGACCAAAGUUUUGGCAGCUACAUUUAUUUGUACAGGGCCCUGUGACAGUCGAAAUAUAACACGUCAGGACUGUGAAGCCCUUUUCCAGGGGUUCCCACUGCUACAAUCAAAGAAGGAAAAUUUUAAAAA